AUGAUUUUCCGACGGCAUGGAGAUACAACGCCUAAAACACGUAGCCAUACCUUAGGAAACACCAAACCUGCGUCAUUCUAUAUUCGAGAGCUAGAGCGCCAAGGUGAUAUCGGAAGCAGCACGUUGUUAAAUACAUCCGAGCGCAUGUCAACCAGCCCUUUUCACCCAAACUUCAUUGUUUUUGAUAAAAAAGUCCUGCGUUUCGAAGCAUAUUUUUUAGAAGCUGUGCACGAGAGUAAUCUCGAAAAUUAUCGAGUACGACGUUGCGAAGUACUUUAUUAUCUUGAAGAUGAUACGCUGCAGAUCACAGAGCCUAAAAUUGAGAAUAGCGGUAUUCUGCAGGGCAACUUUGUCAAGCGGCACCGCAUACCAAUGUUGGAAAGUGACGAGCAGGGUAAUAUUCAGUAUUACACGGUGCGUCAUCUAAACGUGGGUGAAGAGGUGACUUUCUAUGGUCGGACAUUUCAUCUCAUCUCGGUUGACGACUUUACUCGCAAUUAUCUUAAUUCUCAAGGAGUAAAUGUACCACCUAACGAGCCUGUUCCGCGGGACCCUUACACAAUUCUACGUCAAGCACAUAUGGCCCGUGAGACUGGACAGGAUCAAGAUGCACACUACGGCAAGAAAAAAUAUCCGAUGAAGGACUUUAUGGAGGCUUCACUUGGUAAGUUUGCGCGGCCUAGUGACCAUCUUCGUCGAUUUCUGGCUCAUGACCGCGAGGUGCUGCGAUUUUUUGCUAUUUGGGAUGACACUGAAAAGACCUUUGGUAUUCGCCACCGAUAUACGCUGCACUUCUUCUUGGCCGACAACACAAUCGAAAUUCUCGAAUCUUACGAUCGCAAUUCAGGUUGUGAUCCGUUUCCAAAACUGUUGAAUCGAACGAAACUCUUAAAGGAUCCGAAACGUCAAGCUUGUGCUGCUGUGUGCGAUGAAAGAACGGAGGAUGAGCAGGCCCCACCGCAAAGUUAUUAUUCGUGGGAAGAUUUGGCAAUUGGUAAAUAUUUGCACAUCUAUAAUCGACAAAUCCUCUUGUUGGACGCCGAUGCGUCUACGCGUUCAUGGUAUGAAAGGCGAAACAAAUCGCUUGCUCCCGCUAUCAUUGUCAAGGAAGGGGAAUUAUCUGCGCCUACCUUCAUACCACCAAGCCAUGAUGGUUUGGGCUCCGAGGAGGAUUCGCUGCAGUCGUGCUACCGUUUGCUGCCAAAAGCUCCACUCAAAAGCAUUGAAUCUCUUGAUAGGACAGAAGUUUUGCGCUUUCGUGGUCGCUUCGAGACCGAUCAACCUGAAAAUAUAGCGCGUCGCUUUGUUAUCUCGAUCACGGUAUCCGAUCAGAGCGUGUCAAUCAUUGAGCUUGCCCAACGCAAUUCUGGUAUUGUUGGUGGUAAGUUUUUGGAGCGCACGCGUAUCAAGCGCACUCGUCAAGAUGGAUCAGUUGUGAUGACAAAUGGCCAGACAUCGUGGCUUAAUUUGAAUGAUUUCUAUAUUGGAGCUCGAGUUCGUAUGGCAGGUCAGAUUUUUUUGCUUUUUGAAAUGGAUGAGUAUAGCGCGAAGUAUAUGGAAGCUCGACCUGUCAGCUUCGCACGAUCGGACAAACUUGCUGUGCUUCGAAAAGUGCACACACUAGUGGACAAGGAUUUGCUUGCAGCUCGCAUUAACGAAGUUCAGAAAAACCAAACUCAUGUUGAUGUGCAUGAAUUGACGUCGUUGCUAAACGGUUUGGUUGACGACAUUGCACAGCACGACGUCUUUACUAUUAUUCGAAACUACGGAGACAAGACCGCUAUGAAAAUUGAAACUGAGAAGCUGCCAAAGCUCUUAAUUGAAUAG